GUAUAUUUAAAUAAAUAAAAUCUAAAUGAGAUCAUCAGUUUUGAUUUUGGUUGUCCUAGCUGCAACAGUCAAUUGUGCUUUCGUUUACAAUGAAGCCUUAGCAACCGAGGAGGCUGCCCUUUCCUUUGCUGCUUAUUGUCCCGACACAGCCAUCAACACAUGGACUGUGGGAUAUGUUACCACCAAUUAUCCCAAUAUCGAAAAACCCUUAGUUUUCGAGAACAAUAUUGCCGGUACCAAAGGAUACAUAGCCUACAACCCCACAUACAAUGCCAUCACUGUCGUCUUCAGAGGAUCUAGCAACAUUCAAAACUGGUUGGACAACAUCCAAUUUGAUAAGGUCAAUUACAACACAGCAUGUAAUUGCCAAGUUCACAGUGGAUUUUUGGAUGCCUUCAACUCCAUCAAGCCCCAAGUUGACUCCUUGUUCACCAAAUACAGAGGAAUGUAUCCAAAAGCCAUCAUCCAUGUAACUGGUCACUCUUUGGGAGCUGCUAUGGCCACCUUAUACACUACUGAAUUAGCUAUUGCAGGAUACACAGUUCAAUUGAGCACCUUUGGUUUACCAAGAGUCGGAGAUACAGCUUAUUAUAACUAUUUCUCAUCAUUCACCAAGGUCACUCAUUUCAGAGUUGUCCAUGAUAAGGAUGUCGUUCCUCAUGUCCCACCUGAGAACUUCGGAUUCAAUCAUGUUGACAGAGAAAUCUGGUAUCACAGAAAUUCAUACACUGUUUGCUAAUUGGAUGAGGAUCCCAACUGCUCAGAUUCAGUCCUGGUUCCAUCAAUUCAAGAUCACUUGAGUUACAUGGGAUGGAGUUCAACUGUGGACUGCUGAUAUUUAAAAUACAAUUAACAAAUAUUCAAUCAAAAAUAUGUUUA